AUGGAGCUCGCAGGAGGGGUCCCCGCAGCGCCCGCCCUCCGCGCCGGCCCGGCCCCGAGGAGCCCCUCCGGGGAGCCUGCGGCCAAGCCGGACCGCGACAGCGGCAUCGACAGCCCGCCCCGCGGCGCGCCCGCCCGGCCCUUCUCCUGCCCCGGCGGCCCCGCCCUCCCGGCCCCGCCCCCCGAGGCGGCCCCGGCCGGCCAGGAGCCCGCCCCGCAGCGCGGCCCCCCGGGGGCCCGAGCCGACCGGGCCGAGUGCUCCAGGGCCCAGGAGCUGCUCCACAUCGCCCAGGAGCUCCUGCACACCGAGGAGACCUACGUGAGGCGGCUGCACCUGCUCGACCAGGUCUUCUGCGCCCAGCUGACGGCAGCAGGAGUCCCUCCGGAGGUCACCACCGGCGUCUUCUCGAACAUCUCCUCCAUCUACCGCUUCCACGGGCAGUUCCUCCUGCCCGCGCUGCGGACGAGGAUCACGGAGGAGUGGGACGGGAACCCGCGGUUCGGGGACAUCCUGCAGAAGCUGGCCCCGUUCCUCAAGAUGUACGGCGAGUACGUCAAGAACUUCGACCGGGCGGUGGAGCUGGUGAGCGCCUGGAGCCAGCGCUCACCCCUCUUCCGGGACGUGGUGCAGGGCAUCCAGAAGCAGGAGGCGUGCGGGAGCCUGACGCUGCAGCACCACAUGCUGGAGCCCGUGCAGAGGGUGCCCCGCUACGAGCUGCUGCUCAAGGACUAUCUGAAGCGGCUGCCGGCGGACGCCCCGGACCGGCCGGACGCCGAGAAGUCCUUGGAGCUCAUCUCCACGGCCGCCAGCCACUCCAACGCCGCCAUCCGCAAAACGGAGAAAAUGCACCAGCUCCUGGAAGUGUACGAGCAGCUGGGCGGGGAGGAGGCCGUGGUGAACCCGGCCACCGAGCUGGUCAAGGAGGGCCCCAUCCAGAAGCUGUCCGCCAAGACGGGCGCCGCCCAGGAUCGCCACCUCUUCCUGUUCAACAGCUCGGUCCUCUACUGCGUGCCCAGACCGCGGCUCCUGGGCCCGAAGUUCAGUGUCCGGGAGAAGAUGGACAUUUCCGACCUCCAGGUACAGGACACCAGCCAGCCGCCGGCCGCCCCCACGUUCACGCUCACGGGAAGGAGCCGGGCCCUGGAGCUGCGCGCCCGGACGGAAGAGGAGAAGAAAGAAUGGAUUCAGGUCAUCGAGGCCACCAUCUCGAAGCACAGACAGAACAGCCAGACCUUCAGGGCCUUCAGCAGCGCCUUCAGCCCGGACGGGGACCGCCCCCGGACUCCAGAGCCCCCUACAACGAGCGCCAGCUCCCAGGAGCCUGCGGUGGCCACCGACGGCACAGGGGGUGCCGCAGGGGUGAGUGACCCCCAGCAGAGGCAGGAGUUCGAGCCCAGGAGGGGGUCCUCCAAGACCAGGCGGGACAAGGAGAAGCAGAGCUGCAGAGGCUGCGGCGAGACCUUCAACUCAAUCACCAAGAGGAGGCACCACUGCAAGCUGUGUGGGGCGGUCAUCUGUGGGAAGUGCUCCGAGUUCAAGGCAGAGAGCGGCCGGCAGAGCCGGGUCUGUGGAGAGUGUUUCCUGACGCAGCCAGUUGCCCCCGUGAGCUCCAGGCCGGGGGGGCCUGCCGAGCCCCAGGAGAGCAUGGAGGACAGUGGGCCACCGCCCACCGGGCCCCCGCUGGCUGCACAGUGA